CAAAGAACGAAAACUCUGAAUUACUUGCCAGCAUAGUACCUUGACCGGCUGAGAUAUUUAUUUAAUUACAAGUGAUGGCUUUACGAAUGUCAAUUAGAAAGCUAGCACAUUCAUAUGGAAUAAGAGACAUACGCCCACUGUGUUCAGUUAAUGCUACAGAAAUAUUGCAAUCAAGACAGAUUUUUUUAUCACCAAGAAAAAUGUCAGAUAAGAAAUUAUUUACACCAGGUCCUCUUGGUACAUCACCAACUGUAAAAUCUGCUAUGCUUAGAGACCUUGGCUCAAGAGAUGUAGAGUUUAUUAAGUUAAUUAAAACUAUAAGGAGUAAAUUGGUACAAAUUGCAGGUGUGUCAGAUUCCACAUUUACUGCUGUACCUAUGCAGGGAAGUGGAACAUUUGCUAUAGAGUCAGUCUUUCAAACAGCCACUAAAAGAUCAGGUGCAAAGGUGCUAGUAUUUGAAAAUGGAGCAUAUGGGAAGCGCCUUGGUAAGGUAUGUGAGGUCAUGGGAGUUGAAGUUGACGUGAUCAGUUUUCCGGAGAAUGACUAUAUUGACCUUAAGAAGGUGGAGAGUAUUCUACAGGGAAAUAACUCAUACACAUUAGUUGCUAUGGUUCACUGUGAGACUAGUUCAGGUGUAAUCAACCCGGUAGAAGGUGUUGGUAAAAUCGUAAAACAACAUCUUCCAGACAGUGAUUUCUUUGUUGAUGCAAUGAGUAGUUUUGGGGCUAUACCUCUAGAUCUUGAGGCUGCUAAAGUAGAUUAUCUAGUCAGCUCAGUAAACAAAUGCCUCGAGGGUGUGCCUGGAUUUUCAUAUGCAAUAGCCAGACUUAAUAAACUGCUAGGCUGUAAAGGUAAUUCCAGAAGUAUAAGUUUAGAUUUAUUUGAGCAGUAUGACAAUUUAGAAAAGACAAAUCAGUUUAGAUUUACCCCACCUACCCACACAAUGCUGGCAUUUGCACAGGCUAUACAGGAGUUUGAAACAGAGGGAGGGGUUGAAGGUAGAUCGGCUAGAUAUAGAGAGAAUUGUACUAUAUUGAAGGCAGGCAUGAAGGAAAUGGGUUUUAAAGAAUUUUUGAGCCCAAACCAUGAAGGAUAUAUCAUUACAUCAUAUUGCUUUCCACAAGAUAAAAAUUUCAAUUUUAACAAUUUCUACAUGAAAUUGAAUGAAAGAGAUCAGGUAAUCUACCCAGGUAAAGUGCUCGAUGCAGACUGUUUUAGGAUAGGAAGUAUUGGAUACCUGUUCCCCAAUGAUGUGAGGCAUUUAUUGAAGUGUAUUAAAGAUGUCUGCAAAGAAAUGAACAUAACCUUACCUAUAAAAGAAUAAUAAAUUUGAGAAUUUACUGUAGCUUGUGUAUUAUCAGAUAGAGAUUUUCAUUGCAAUAAGUAAUAAAUUUUAAUAGUCCUUUUAAUAGUUUAAGAGCAUAUAAGUAUGGUUUGGAAUGUAAAGUAUUAAUGUUAAGUAUUAUUUAAUAAUGUGUAUUACUUAAAGUUGUACAAAUUCUGUGUCAUAAUAUUUUGAUGAAUAUUAGAAAAUUACAUUUAACUUUAGCUAUUUAACAAA